AUGGAGGGAUCGGCGACGGAGGGAAAUCACGGAGGCGAUCCCCGCGCCGAGCAUGCCGCAACCAAGGAGUCCGAGGCGGCGGCAACGCAACACCAUCUGACGCUGCUCCAGCCGACCGUGGUCGAAGUUUCUGCAGCCGUGCUGGAUAAGGACAAGGUGGGGGAGCACGAGUCGGUGGGGCUGGUCGGUGGCUCUCCACCUUCUGGUGGACGGGGGAGGCGUAGGCAGAGGAAGAGCGAUGGGGAGGACGAUUAUGACACCGCCGUGCCCGGGGACCUCAUUACGCGGGCGAAGAGGCGGCAGACGACAGGUAGUGCUGACGACGCCGGAGGCGCGGCAGUUGGGACACCGCGAGGCGCCAAGGAAGCUAGUGGCAAGGCGGGCGGUCAAGCAUUGCGCCAGAAGGGCCGACCCGCAGCAAGAAAAGCAUCCGGCGGAAGGAGAGGCAAGAAAGCAGCGACGGGAACAAAGCCGAAACGGGGCGAUGAAGACCCCGGUGAUGCGGAGGAGGAGGAGGAUAAGAAGGAGGAUGCGGAGGGAGAGGAGGAUGAAGAGGAAGCGGAGGAGGAUGACGCGGAUGUUGGGGAGGAUGAAAAAGAUGAGAAUGAUGGCGGGGAGGACGAAGAGGAGGAGGAGGAGGAGGAGGAGGAGGAGGAGGAGGAGGAGGAGGAGGAGGAGGAGGAGGAGGCAGAGGAGGAGGAGGAGGAGGAGGAGGAGGAGGAGGAGGAGGAGGCAGAGGAGGAGGAGGAGGAGGAGGAGGAGGAGGAGGAGGAGGAGGAGGAGGAGGAGGAGGAGGAGGAGGAGGAGCAGGGUGACGACGAGGAGGAGGAUGUGGAGGAGGAGGAGGAGGAGGAGGCAGCGGAGGAGGAGGAGGAGGAGGAGGAGGAGGAGGAGGAGGAGGAGGAGGAGGAGGAGGAGGAGGAGGAGGAGGAGGAGGAGGAGGAGGAGGAGGAGGAGGAGGAGGAGGAGGAGCAGGGUGACGACGAGGAGGAGGAUGUGGAGCAGGAGGAGGAGGAGGCAGCGGAGGAGGAGGAGGAGGAGGAGGAGGAGGAGGAGGAGGAGGAGGAGGAGGAGGAGGAGGAGGAGGAGGAGGAGGAGGAGGAGGAUGUGGCGCCAGCAUUGGGCCGCCCGUAA